GCUUUUGCGAAAGUCGGCCAUUUUACGAAUAAGCAUAAUUUUUACACUUUCUCCCUUUUCGUAAAGUCUUGUUCAAUCGACUUGAGGCUAAUUUGUCGAAUAAUUAGACCGCUUUACAAAUUUUAGUUGAAAAAAAUAAAUAAAAAUGGUAGAAGAUCGCGCCGCAGCCAAAGAGCUUGAUCAGUGGAUUGAGCAGUUGAUGGAUUGCAAGCAACUUGCUGAAAAUAAUGUCAAAACUCUAUGUGACAAGGCAAGAGAAAUCUUAUCAAAGGAGUCUAAUGUUCAGGAAGUAAAAUGUCCGGUUACUGUGUGUGGGGAUGUGCAUGGUCAGUUUCAUGAUCUAAUGGAGUUGUUCAAAAUUGGUGGUAAAUCUCCAGACACAAAUUAUUUGUUCAUGGGGGACUACGUUGAUCGUGGCUAUCACUCUGUAGAAACUGUAACAUUACUGGUGGCCCUUAAGGUUCGUUUCAAAGACAGAAUCACAAUUCUUAGAGGCAACCAUGAAAGUCGUCAAAUUACUCAAGUCUAUGGGUUUUAUGACGAAUGUCUGAGAAAGUAUGGUAAUGCUAAUGUCUGGAAGUACUUUACUGAUCUGUUUGACUACUUACCGCUCACUGCUCUUGUUGAUAAUCAGAUUUUCUGCUUGCAUGGUGGUUUGUCACCUUCAAUUGAUACACUUGACAACAUCAGAGCUUUAGAUCGAAUCCAAGAAGUGCCACAUGAGGGCCCCAUGUGUGACUUGUUGUGGUCAGAUCCUGACGAUCGUGGUGGCUGGGGUAUUUCUCCUCGUGGAGCUGGCUACACAUUUGGGCAGGACAUAUCUGAAACUUUCAAUCACAGCAAUGGAUUGACUUUGGUGUCUCGGGCACAUCAGCUUGUCAUGGAGGGCUACAAUUGGUCUCAUGAUAAGAACGUUGUCACUGUCUUCAGUGCCCCAAACUACUGCUACCGCUGUGGAAACCAAGCUGCUCUGUGUGAGCUUGAUGAUUCUCUGAAAUAUUCUUUCUUGCAGUUUGAUCCUGCCCCGAGACGUGGUGAGCCCCAUGUCACUCGUCGUACUCCUGACUACUUCCUCUAAUCUAGCUAGCUCCUCACUCAUCUCACGGACAACUGGAUUCAUCAUCAUCACAUUAGUCUCAUUAUCAUCGUCUGUCAUUAUUGCCGUCAUUCAAAUUCUGCAUCUUUUUAUAAUGAUAUAAAAAAAGUAAUGAUGAGGAUGAUGCUGCUAUUAUUAUCUUUAUUAUAUAUAGUUGUUCCAAUUUAUGUUUAAGUUUGGUUCGGUCUUAUAAUAGAAUUAUAGUAUAGUAGACAAUGGAGUCUGCAUUUUCAGAGUUUGGUGGGAAUAUGGCUUUGAAUUUUUACUAACAAUUUAAUUAGUCCAUAUUGUGGAUGAUUUUUUUGGCAAAUGUUUACUAAAGAUGUUUACAUUAUGUUUAGCUGGUAGGUUUUCGUUUUCUUAUGAUUAUUUUUUGAGUUACAAUGGCAUCAUUGUUAUUGUUCUCUUGUUCAGAAUGUUUGAUUAAAAAUGAUGCAAUUAUUAUUGUUAUCAAAAUGCCUGAAUGACGGUGUGAUGCGAGAGUUUAUAUAUGAUUUUCUAUAGUGAUGUAAAAAUAUGCUUAUUUUGUUCAAUAUCAGACGUUAAUGUUAUAUUAUUAUUAUUGUUUGUACAACUUUAUAAUUGUGUAGGUAAUUAAUUACAUAAUUAUAAAUUUAUUUUAAUUAUGAUUUCAUUAUGACUAUUUAUUUUUAUUAGUUUUUACAUGAAUUUAUCAAAUGUAACAAAUUACAGAGGGUGUCAAAUUGGAUAACUUUGAUCACACUACUAUAAAAUUACCUUUUUCAUUCUUACAUUAUAUAUGUAUAUAUAAUUAGUUAUUAUACAUAUAUCUAUAUAAUUCACACGCAUAUAUAUAUUUCAUUUGAUUUAAAUUUUCAUUUGAAAAAGUGAUAGAAUAAAAAUGUAUUGUCGUGUUGUUGAA